UUAAGCCUUCAAUCAUUGGGUCUUCUGUCUCUUGCACCGCUCUCUCUCUAGAAAGUGUGUUGUAUUUUCCUCUCUGUAUCUCUACUUCUCUGCUAUUCAUAUAUUGUUGAGUAGAAGAUUUUGUGAAGGAGAAACAAAAAGCAAUCUCUUUGUUUACUCAUAAUAUUAAGAGUUGGGUUCUUUCCAAAAACACAGAAAAGAGAUCAAAGAGAGAAAAAAGAUCACAGUUUGGGUCUUGCAUCAGGAAGACGAAGAGAUAAUUCAACUAGCGAAGUUUGAGAAAGCUGAAAAUUAAGGCUCCGUUUGGAUAAAGAGUUUUGAGGUUUGAAGAUUAUUUCUUUAGAAAAUGGCUGCGGAAGAGAAGGUUGAAGAAGGAGCUUGGGAGAAAGAGCGAUAGAGGAUACGCACAGAAAACAAACCCAAAUUAGCAGAAAUUCAGAAGAAGAAAAUAACCAAAAAGGAUACAUCGGGUUUAGGUUUUAAUCUGUUUCUGCAGUUUCUGCCGGUUUAACAAUAAUGGCAAUGUCCGCAACUAUCGUCACCACCGACACGAUUGUUCUACCGGCCGCGGCCGCGGAAACUCAGCCACAACAAACCACAACAAAACUCGUUCCCUCCAUCGAAAUCGAGUUCGUACAAUGCGACUGCUGUGGAUUAACAGAAGAGUGCACACCUGCGUACAUUGAGCACGUGAGGGAGAGAUAUCAGGGCCAUUGGAUUUGUGGGUUGUGUGCAGAAGCUAUAAAAGAUGAGAUUGUUAGGUCGCAGAAGAGGCUGAUCAGCACGGAAGAAGCCAUGGCCACACACAUGAACUUCUGCAAAAAGUUUAAGGCCUCAGGGCCUCCUCCAAACCCUACCAUUCACUUGAUAUCUGCCAUGAGACAGAUUCUCCGGCGCAGUUUGGAUUCUCCGAGGGGGGGUUUGAGAUCAACUCCAAGUAGUCCUACAAAGAUAAAUGCAGGCAAAGGGCUCACAAGGUCUGAGAGUUGCUUUCCGACUCUGACUGGUUGAGGAUAUUUGAUUACUGGAGAAUAUAUUGGGAAUAAGGAUCAAAAGUUGGGAAAAGUUUGGCGAAUUUGCUAUUUUAUUUGCUGAAAAUAAAAACCCAGAAAGGAAAAGCAAGGAAUUUAAUUGUUAAGGGUAGAUGUUUAAUUUUAGUCGUAAUUUAAUUAAUUAGUACUGAAAUACAGAACCUUUUUUUUCCUUUAA